ACUGUCUGCACAUGUGUGUUUACAUGUGGCGCGUGCGCACGUCAUCUCAGUAACUGGCUCUCCAUCAUCAUCAUCUAUCUACAGGUCAGAAACACAGCGUGGAGAAACUGAUCUACAGCUCCGGCUACAUGUGUCUCUAGCUCAGCUCCUGUGUUUUAUUUAAGCUGGUGAAGAUAAUGGUAGAUGUGGGGCUGCCGGAGGAGGUGUGGGUCCAUGUGUUCGGGUUCCUCUCCUCUGCUGAUAAACUCAGCGCGCGCUCGAGCUGCAGGUUCUUCAGGAGGCUGAUAGACCAGCCCGCCCUGUGGAGGAACAGCACGGUGUACCUGGAGAAACCGAGCUCCUACAGGUCGCACUUCUGGAGGACUCUGGGCCGGAGGAGGACCAGCUCGGCUGUGGUGCUGAAGGGGACUAAAGUGCGCGAGUGGACCGAGCUCGCGCGCCGGUUGCCCUGGCUGGUGUCGCUCACUCUGCGCGCGUGCGGUAACCCUGAAGUUCUGGAGGCUCUGGCUGAGUUUAAGAAGCUGCAGCGGCUCGAGAUUCGCCUCUGCUGCUGCCCGAGCCUGAGUAACUCACUGACCGCGCUCUCACAGCUCACUCACCUGGGCUUCUGCGAGGUCUCCUGCGCUCCUGGAGCAGAUAUCACCGGCGCUGUGUCCCAGCUCUCCAACCUCACAUCCUUCAGCUACCAUGAGGGAAAUAAACUCAUCCCUAAAGCAGCUCUUCAUAAACUACUGCGGAACCUGACCAACCUGAAGCGCCUGUCCUUAAAACUGCUCACCAUGCAGGGCUCCCUGCCCUCUGAUUACCUGUGUCCAGCUAAAACUAACUGGCAACCUGGAGAGUCGAAGUAUGAAACUCUAGGCCUGACCAGUCUGGAGUUGCUGAACUACAUGGACCCUGUUCUCUCUUCAGGUGCUCUUCAGAGCUUUCCCUGCCUUACCAGUCUGACAGUUCAGUAUAGAGACUGGGCGUCAGAUUCCUGCCCGUGUCACCUCAAAACAUGGCUCUCCACCCUGCCAGUCCUCUCAGAGCUCAGCAUUUCUCGGGGGCAUCCACUUGGGAUGUAUUCUGACUCAGUGCCGGGGACAGUGCGGAGCUUGUCCCUGAAAGGAGUGAGGACAGAGCUGAGGACUGUGAGAGACAUGGCGCAGCAACUGCCAGAUCUGUUGUUUCUUCACUUGGACCUGUACUGCCACGAAAAGCAAAACCUCAUAGCUGAGGUUCCUCAGCUUUUCCCCAAAGUUCAGACCCUGGAAAUGAGGCACCACAAUGUUCCUAAGACAGAGUUUCUACAACUUGCACAGAUGACCCAUCUCAAACGCUUAGUGGUUCUGGACCCUUACAUGGACCCCAGCUCUGCUCUUACUGAUCUCACUAACAACCUGCACUUGCUGACGAACAGCAGAGUCCGUGUCAUACAUUCCUCUGAACUAAGGGACCGAAACGCCUGCCUUUGUGCACAGCACUAAAAAGGAUUGAAGAAACCAAAAAGCUUUAUUUGUGUUUUUCUUUUCUUUUGAAUGUAUGUGUUUUGCAUCUUCUCUUUGAAAGCAGUUCAAGUUGAAGCACAAGUUAUAGGCUGAGUGGACAGAUACAUCAGUCAAGCACAUUAUGACCACCUCCUUUUAUUUCUAUACCCAUUAUCCAUUUUGUAGUUCUGUAUUUACAAACUGUAGUUCCUCUGUACGCAUACCGUAUUUUUCGCACUGUUAGGUACACUGGAUUAUAAGGCGCACUAAUCAAUAAACGUCUAUUUUCUGA